AUGAAAGCUACCCAAGGAGCCAAGUAUGUGGAUCCUACCUUCCUUCGAAAUUGGAAUGAGGCCCAAAAAUACGAAAUAAGUCGUUCUGCCUACCACUUUUUCACGACUUUUGACCCACCACAAUCCCAAGCUUCCAAUAUAGCAACUACCUUAAAGAAGGUGAACUUUCAACCCGGAUAUAACGGCUUAGUGAUUGAUGUUGAAGGUGACUCUUGUCUGGUCGAGGUGGACACAAUGUCACGAAAUGUUCUCUCCUUGAUAACCUUGCUAGAGGAAAUGUACAACUUCCCCGUAUUCAUAUAUACACGGGCAAAUUAUUGGAAUGCCUGCAUCAACACGACGUGGAACAAUGUAUGGUUAAAGAGACCUUUGUGGGUCGCAUAUUACUCCGACACGGCAAAACAACCUGUUCUCCCGAAACCUUGGAGUUCCAGUGGGACCUGGGUUUUGUGGCAGUACAGUCAAACCUGUAGAAUGCCUGGGAUUAAGGGUAACGUCGACCUCAGUUAUCUUAACCCAAAUCUUACCGACAUGUCCCAAUUUGGGAAGAACGUCGCAGUCAAGUCGACUUCAUCGAAUCUGUUCCAACCGGCUAACAUAUAUUUACUUAUAAAUCUUUUAAAUUCGAUGUACAAAACACUAAUCAUCAUGUAAGUUUUUUGAAAAU